CCUCCGAUUACACUCAAAAACUUCCAUGAUUUCACUUGGGAAAACACCGUAUUUAAUAAUUUCUCCUUUUUCUCUCUUCGAUUCAAUCCCUUCUCCCAGCUCCAGUUUCCGCACGCACAAGCCAGAUUCGUUUCCCCUUCCUUUCUCCCUUUGAGGUCGCCAACCGCUCUCCUCUAGUAUUCAGCCGCUCUCCUUUAGUAUUCAGGUGCACUCAGAGGCUCGAAUCCCUCUUCUGGUUCCCGCACGCACACAGAACUGUGGCCAUCCACAUCAACAGCUAGCUGAAAUUCUUGUGCAGCCAAACUAAUGCUUUUCUACCUCUAGCCGGUCUCCAUCAACAGUACAUGCUGCAGCAACAUCAACCUAACAGCCGUGAAAUCCAACCUGCUGGAAGCCUCUGUUUCAAACACAUGCAGUGACUACGGAGGAGCGAUUCAUUUUGUUUCAUUAGGAAAAAAAAAACUUGGCUUGUUGAAGAUGGCAGAUAAACCCAGUCGAGCGCUGGUGAUAUACGGUGAUGGCCUUGCUUCUGCGGUUUUACCAUCGCACAAUAACCUCCAUUCCUUUGCUUCUCGGGCUGCUUGUGGCUUUCUAUCUGUAAGAGCUUCACCUCCUUCAGAAACUGAAGAUGAAAGAAUUUGUAGAGAUUUGGCUCAAUUGUUGGAUGCUUAUGACUUUUACUUGUCAGAUAAACGUGGUGAAGCUGAAGCAGCAGUUUUUCAAACAUUAUCGGAGAGAUUCAUGGGAUUAAGAGCUGCUAUGAUCACUUCUUGUCCAAGUGUCCAAUCUUUGGGUAGAAAACUUGGAUUUCACAUACUGCAUGACAGUGAACUUGUUAUUGACGAUGGUUUCAACUAUAAAAUGCUUGAACAAGUUCCUGACAGCUUGGAUAUUGCUUCAAAAUUCCUGCAUCUUUUAGGAUUUUCAGGAAAUGAUGUUCUAGAGAAGUAUGAUUUUGAUCUAGUUUUUUUGCAUAUCAAGACAUGUGAGAAGUUUAGAGAGAAAAAGGAAAUGCUAGUGUCUAACAUGGAUGUCAACAUGCUUAACGGCUUCGUUGGAAAAAUUCUGGAAAAAUCUCAUUCUGGCUCUGCUAUUGGUUCUCGUCUGCAUUUCUCAAUCAUUUUAAGUUAUGGAUACGUUUCUGAGGAUGAUAAGCUUUGUUCUUUACUUUCAAGGCCCUCAACAGAAACUAAUUCUGAUUUAUGUUUACUUUGUCCAUGCCAAAGUUACACUAUGAAAGGAGGCCAUAAACUAGACAACAUCAGGCAUCACCAUCCAAUGCUAAUUGGUCAGCUGCAAGAGGGCUUAACUCGUAGAGAUACAGCGACAACAUUUUUCUUCGAAGAUUUUAAGAAGAAUGGUGCAAGCCAUGCUAUAUUAUCCGAUCGCUUUUUGCAUGAGGUCGCUUUUAGGCUUUGGAAGGCACCCAAGUAUGGAGCUUAACGGUAACUUUUUUAAAUAUAAUAAGCAGGUUUAGGCCUCAUCUGAAACAGUUUUUAUGGGUUGUAAUACUUUUAUUACAUUCUUUUAAACGAAACUCCAUUUAUUUUGCAUAUCCAACCCCAAUGCUUCUUAGCAAAA